AUGAGAGCAGACACCGGGAUUGCAUUGCAAGAGCAGCAGGAGCACAAGGGAGUUCAGAAAGUACCCCUCCCCCCGAUUCCCCAUUCCCCUCCCUCCCCCCGAUUCCCCUCCCUCCCCCCGAUUCCCAAUUCCCCUCCCUCCCCCCGAUUCCCAAUUCCCCAAUUCCCCUCCCUCCCCCCGAUUCCCAAUUCCCCUCCCUCCCCCCGAUUCCCAAUUCCCCUCCCUCCCCCCGAUUCCCGAUUCCCCUCCCUCCCCCCGAUUCCCGAUUCCCCUCCCUCCCCCCGAUUCCCGAUUCCCCUCCCUCCCCCCGAUUCCCAAUUCCCCUCCCUCCCCACGAUUCCCAAUUCCCCUCCCUCCCACGAUUCCCAAUUCCCCUCCCUCCCCCCGAUUCCCCAUUCCCCUCCCUCCCCCCGACUCCCCAUUCACCUCCCUCCCCCCGACUCCCCAUUCCCCUCCCUCCCCCCGACUCCCCAUUCCCCUCCCUCCCCCCGAUUCCCCUCCCUCCCCCCGAUUCCCGAUCCCCCGAUUCCCCUCCCUCCCCCCGAUUCCCGAUUCCCCUCCCUCCCCCCGAUUCCCCGUUCCCCUCCCUCCCCCCGAUUCCCGAUUUCCCAAUUCCCCUCCCUCCCCCCGAUUCCCGAUUCCCCUCCCUCCCCCCGAUUCCCGAUUCCCCUAUUCCCCUCCCUCCCCCCGAUUCCCAAUUCCCCAAUUCCCCAAUUCCCGUCCCUCCCCCCGAUUCCCGAUUCCCCUCCCUCCCCCGGAUUCCCCAUUCCCCUCCCUCCCCCCAAUUCCCCAUUCCCCAAUUCCCCUCCCUCCCCCCAAUUCCCCUCCCUCCCCCAAAUUCCCCUCCCUCCCCCCGAUUCCCGAUUCCCAAUUCCCCAAUUCCCCUCCCUCCCCCCGAUUCCCGAUUCCCCUCCCUCCCCCCGAUUCCCGAUUCCCAAUUCCCCUCCCUCCCCCCGAUUCCCGAUUCCCCUCCCUCCCCCCGACUCCCCUCCCUCCCCCCGAUUCCCAAUUCCCCUCCCUCCCCCCGAUUCCCGAUUCCCUCCCUCCCCCCGAUUCCCAAUUCCCCUCCCUCCCCCCGAUUCCCGAUUCGUCUCCCUCCCCCCAAUUCCUGAUUCCCCUCCCUCCCCCCGAUUCCCGAUUCCCCUCCCACCCCCCGAUUUCCGAUUCCCCUCCCUCCCCCCGAUUCCCAAUUCCCCUCCCUCCCCCCGAUUCCCAAUUCCCCUACCUCCCCCCAAUUCCCAAUUCCCCUCCCUCCCCACGAUUCCCCAUUCCCCUCCCUCCCCCCGAUUCCCCAUUCCCCUCCCUCCCCCCGAUUCCCCAUUCCCCUCCCUCCCCCCGAUUCCCAAUUCCCCUCCCUCCCACCGAUUCAAAAUUCCCCUCCCUCCCCCCGAUUCCCGACUCCCCUCCCUCCCCCCGAUUCCCCUCCCUCCCCCCCAUUCCCCUCCCUCCCCCCGAUUCCCAAUUCCCCUCCCUCCCCCCGAUUCCCAAUUCCCCUCCCUCCCCCGAUUCCCCUCCCUCCCCCCGAUUCCCAAUUCCCCUCCCUCCCCCCGAUUCCCAAUUCCCCUCCCUCCCCCCGAUUCCCAAUUCCCCUCCCUCCCCCCGAUUCCCGAUUCCCCUCCCUCCCCCCGAUUCCCCUCCCUCCCCUUGAUUCCCCUCCCUCCCCCCGAUUCCUAA